AUGGUCUUGUUUGGCCUUGAAGAUUGCUUUGUGAUCAGCUAUGGAGCGAUGGAUCCCAUCUUCAGUAACAAGCUCCUGUUUCCUUAUUUCUAUCGCACAGUCCCUGAUGGGUCCACUCAGUAUGAAGCCAUUGUCCUCCUACUGAAGAACUUUGGCUGGAGCUGGGUGGGGAUGGUGACAGUAGAUGAUGAGAGCAGCCAACGAACCAGCAUGGAGCUCUACAAUACACCGCGCUCCACCUGUAGUGAGAGUUGCCUCCAUGGAUACUGGAAAGUCCUACUGGAAGGAAAACAGAAAUGCUGCUACUACUGUGCCCCCUGUGCAGAAGGCGAAAUCUCCAACCAGACUGAUAUGGAAACAUGCUUAGUGUGUCCUAACGAUCACUGGUCAAAUGGAAGAAGAGAUUCCUGCGUUCCAAGACCGAUUGAAUUCCUGUCUUAUGGAGACACACUGGGGUCAUCUCUAAUUAUUAUAAAUCUUACAUUUUGCCUUGUGACUAUAGUUGUGUUGGGGAUAUUUAUAAAAAAUAAAGAUUCUCCAUUUGUGAAAGCCAAUAACCAGAAUCUCAGUUUCAUACUUCUCCUCUCACUCAUCUUCUCAUUUUUAUGUCCUCUCUUAUUUAUUGGACUUCCCUCAGAUAUAUCAUGUCUCCUCCGACAAGUGGCUUUUGGAAUCAUUUUUAGUCUUGCAGUUUCUUCAGUCUUAGCUAAAACAGUGACUGUAGUCUUAGCUUUUCAAGCCAUUAAACCAGGCAGGACACUGAGGCAGUGGAUGAAGAGACACCUCUCCACAUCCUUACUUGUUAUAGGUUCAUCUGGAGAAGUUUUGAUCUGUGUCCUCUGGUUGUUUUAUUCUCCACCAUUCCCAGAUUAUAACACUGGAAUAGAGGUUGGAAAGAUAAUCUUACAAUGUAUUGAGGGAUCUGCCAUUGCUUUCUACUUGUCCAUCGGCUACAUUGGAUUUCUGGCAAUGAUGAGCUUUAUUGUAGCUUUCUUGGCCAGAAGACUUCCAGACACCUUCAAUGAGGCUCAGUACAUCACCUUCAGCAUGCUGGUCUUCUGCAGUGUGUGGAUCUCCUUCAUCCCGGCCUACCUCAGCACCAAGGGGAAGUACAUGGUGGCUGUGGAAGUUUUUGCAAUCUCAUGUUCCAGUGCUGGACUUCUAGGCUGUAUCUUCAUUCCCAAAUGUUACAUUAUUCUAAUGAGACCAGAACUCAACACAAAGUCCAAUAUAAGGGUCAUAAGAAGACAUUGUACAGGAGAAUUUUGA